CUCUUAUCUUCAUUUGCCACGCUGACUCUUGCAGCCAACUGCAAUCCUGGAUUGGAUUACUGUGGCUUCAAUUUGUUGGGGAUUGGAAACUAUCAGCCCCAAAUCAACGAUGCGCUUGAGAAGGCAUCUCUCGACCCAAGCAAUAAAGGUGUAUCAACUAACACACUCUUCCAUUGUGUUGGCGGAUACAAUGGCGACAUAGUGGUCAUCAAGUUCUGCACAAACAGGUGCAUAGAUGGCGGAUCCGGCAAAAGUGAUUUUUGC